UCACCGCUUCUAACCAAUCCGAUGAGUGAGCUAUGGACAGGAGGCAGGGCACAGCAUCCUAUUCAGGGAGCUGCCCUGCUCCCAGAGAGGAACCCUAGGGCUGGUACUACCGUCUUUGCCCUGGCGGGGAGAAGACCCUGGUGCCCCAGGUGGGGCAGAUACUACAGUUCCGGGUAGUAUCCUGGAAGCUUUUCCCAGUUUGUAUUCAAUCAAGUUGAUUCAGUCCCCUGGGGUAUAUAUUUGCCAAAGGAAAACAGUGUGCCCACGAGAUGUGUAAACUGAAUGACGGACCGCUGGUCACAGCACAGACAUGAACAACCGCAGUGUGCCUGUGUACGUUGGGGUCACUACAGAGCCUAGCACCGUCACCCUACCCUUUAACAACACCAAAGGAGUUGAGAGCACUGGAUCUCCUAGCAUGAGCACCUGGUUACUGUCUCUUGGCAUUGUCACUGUGAUCGGACUGGCUGUGGCAAUGGUUCUGUACAUCAGAAAACAAAAGAGACUUGAAAAGCUCCGUCAUCAGCUGAUGCCCAUGUAUAGCUUUGAUCCAGCAGAGGAGCAAGAAGACCUGGAACAAGAGUUGCUGGAGCCAAAUAGAGAUGCACAGCCUCAAGGAAAGGUCCUACUCACCAGUCUGUGCCCACUUCAGAGGCCCACUCGCCUUGUUUUUACCGAUGUGGCCAACGCGAUCAGUGCUUGAUUGGGAAAUUUUUCAUUAUAUGUGACAACAUCCAUGGCCAGAGAAUAGGUGUCACCAAGUCGUUUGUGUCACCGUGCACUGGAGAAGAACCAUGGAGGGCUGAUCUAGUGCAACUCUAGUUACAAAACUAUCUAUCUUGCUCACCCAAGUUGGGCUGUGCAUCAGAGGUCAGCAUGGCAGAGACGUACAUGUGUAGGGUUAUAUGCACUGUUUUACAUAGGGCCAAACACAGCUGUGUACAUAUGGGGGAUACACAUAAUGCAUACUGUCCUACACAAUACACUAUGGGGCAUAUUUAUCAAGGGUCAAAUUUCGAAUUUGAAAAACUUCAAAAUUCAAAAAAAAAACGAAAUUAAGUUUAAGGGUUUUUUUUGCCCGAAUAGGUCAGUUUUCGAUCGAAUAGUUCUGUUUUCGGCCAAGUUCGAA